AGCAACGUAGUAACAAUGCCUGAAUCUUCAUUUUUAUUCUUGAAUGUUAAUAGUAACGGAAAAGUGUCCCCGACGAAGUAUGUGAGAAGUGCCAUUCAAAAGCAUGUCAUGCGAGAUAUUGGUGCUGCUCGGCAGGGAAAACCACGACCUAGACCUCAGUCACAACCAGGAGCUAAGCAAAAUGGUGCUCUGCGAGGCAUCGGGAAUCUAAAUUCUGAAAAGACGGCAAUUGUCUGCAGUUCGUCAUUGAAAACGGUUCCAGCGUUAGUGUCCGGAGGAUCGAGAACGGACCCAUUUACGCAGUAUCCGGUACCUAUGAAUUCUGAUACUCUGUUCCUAAUCGACUAUAUAUAUACAACCCCCAAAGUACAUUUGCGACCCCUUAGAGACACAUGGCUGCCUCUCGCACUAUCGGAUCCCGCCUUUUUCUAUGAAAUACUUUCGCAUGUAGCACUGAACAUCACCACCGCUCAACAAUCCUCAAUCUCAUCUGUUGUCGGAUGCGGUUAUCAAGCUAGCACAAAAUCUCUUGCUCUACAUUCGCUUGCCCUCCGCUCCAUAAACCAAAGGCUUACAGACCCGAUGAUGGGGCUCAGCGAGGGCGUUAUCGGGACCAUUAUGGCGUUUGCAUGUUUCAGCUAUUCAUUGAAGGAUUGGAAAAGUUACGCGAUGCAUAUGGACGGAUUACUUGCGAUUAUCAAGGCAAAAGGAGGCAUUCAUAAGAUCGAUCACAACCGCAUCUUAAGGCUGAUACUGUCGGGUAUCGAUGUCUCUGCGUCCUGUUUCACUGGCACACGUCCGCGAUUCCCCUCCCCCACUCCUCUACUUAGCGUAGUCCGAUCUCAUUCCCAAGAACUCCCAUGGUGGUUUCCUCUCCAGGAAUCCUCGUCUGCCCACUCAUCGAAUGUUUGGACGAUCAUGUUUCCCCAUGAUGUUAAUCUUGCCGACAUCUUCCACAAUUUCAGCAUUGCUGUCAUGACUAUAAUAUUAGAAAGUGAUCGGAGACUACUGUGGCAGGACGGGGAUUUCGCGAAGACUUGGAUUGAUCCACUAACUUAUAGGUUACUCGAGUCAACUAUCGAGAUUGAAUGUGUGCAUAAAGAUAAUUUCAUGACCGAGUGCUGCCGAUUGGGGGCGCUUAUACUUCUCGCUAGAAUAAGACGGCAGUUCAACGUCCAUACUACAAGACUCGUCUUCACUGGGCUCGAGACUGCGAAACUGAAGCUCUUGCUAGUCAUGUAUGCAAAACAGUGGACGGCUUUCCAGCCGAUGCUUCUAUGGGUUUUAUUUCUGGGGGCCAUUGAGGUCGAUGAGGCAGCGAAAGUCUGGUUUUGCGAUUUGAUAAGAGAGAGAACAGCGCAGCUUGAGAUCAGAGAGUGGGACGACAUAUUUGCGUACAUAUCGAAUCUGCUAUGGGUGGGGCAGGUGCUUGAUGCAGAGUGUGAGAAGCUCAGGCCGCUCAUCAUGAGCGCCCAAGGUUCAUCAGUACCGAGGUGCAUGCCGUAGACAAAACGUUGUCACGACAGACAUUGCAAGCAUCAAACAUCUUGUCUAAGCACGAUCUACUACCUACAGACUCCAAAAAUACAUGCUUGUGAUGUCACUCGCUGAAACUACAGACUUAAGAACGAGUUUCCCUGACUUCACCAGAUAUUAUUGUUUGCUAAUGUUUUCUUUGUCUUGUACACCACGCCACCACCCCAUGAUCAAAGAAAAUGACUAAACGCAAGUAUAACGGUCGAUAUGAUUUCCGUCCAUCACCCGUUAAAUUGUGCCCCGACCCUCUGUCGCCAUUGUAUUGAUACCAAAUGCUCUCCAACACAAGUAACACAUCUGCCUCCAUUCACUCAACCCUAAAAUUCCUCCUAGAACCCUAUCACCUGAUAUUCACCCUCUGCACCCAGUACAUCCAUAUUGAUCAGAUAUCCCACAUACAAACCUCUCCCACUAACUCCACAAUUCACAUCCUCCACAGAACUGAUCUUUCAGCGCCAACCAGGCGCGGCGUCAACGCUCUCCCACCAAACACACCACCCUACAUUACCCGCGCUUACCUCGCACUCGACAAUUGCGACUUCGCCAUAUACGCUCUCCUCCCGCACUUUCGCACAUGUUUCCAGCGCCAUGGUAUAGAUGUACGCAUAGACUCUAUCCAAAUACUCCCCAUCCCUCUACUGCAACU